AUGUCACAGAAGCUUUACUUGAAAAAGAACCACCUCUAUACUUUCUCCGCCUGGAUACAAGUUAGCCAGGGAAAUGUUCAGGUAAAGGCCAUUUUCAAGACAGCUUCCGGCUUUAAAUAUGCUGGUGCUGUCGUUGCUGAGUCAAAGUGCUGGUCCAUGCUUAAAGGUGGCCUCACAGUGAACACAUCAGGCCCUGCUGAGCUAUAUUUCGAGAGCAAGAACACCUCAGUCGAAAUAUGGGUCGAUAGCAUCUCAUUGCAACCAUUCACUGAGAAAGAAUGGAGGUCUCAUCAAGAGCAAAGUAUUGAAAAGACUCGAAAGGCAAAGGUGAGAAUCCAAGCAUUAGACAAACAAGGCAAUCCCCUACCAAAUGCAACAAUCUCCAUUGAACAAAAGAAACUAAGUUUCCCGUUUGGUUGCGCUAUAAACAAGAACAUCCUCUCCAACACCGCCUACCAAAAUUGGUUCACCUCAAGGUUUACAGUGGCAUCAUUUGAAAAUGAGAUGAAGUGGUAUAGCACCGAAGGCUCACAGCACCAUAUUGACUAUUCAGUCACUGAUGCCAUGAUGAAUUUUGCCAAGCAACACAAUAUAGCCGUCCGUGGACACAAUGUGAUUUGGGAAGAUCCUAAGUACCAACCUGGAUGGAUCUAUUUGCUCCCACCGAAUGAUCUUCGAAAGGCCGUAAAAGAAAGGGUAGGAUCAAUUAUGACAAGAUACAAAGGCAGGCUUAUAGCAUGGGAUGUUGUUAAUGAAAACCUGCAUUUUUCUUUCUUUGAAAGCAAAUUAGGAAAUAAUGCCUCUGCAGCAAUCUACAACUUGGCUGGUAAGACUGAUGGAACCACUACAUUGUUUCUGAAUGAUUACAAUACCAUUGAAGAGAGUGGAGAUGGUGCCGCUUCACCUGCUAAGUACCUUCAAAAGCUGAAAGAAAUUCAAAGCUUUCCUGGCAAUGGCAAUUUGCACAUGGGCAUUGGACUAGAGUCUCACUUUAGCAUUCCAAACCUUCCUUAUAUGAGAGCUUCUCUUGACACUCUUGCUUCUGCUCAUGUUCCCAUUUGGCUCACAGAAGUAGAUGUUCAAGGCAACCCGGCCGAUCAGGCACGAUACUUGGACCAGAUUCUAAGGGAGGCACAUUCUUACCCGAAAAUAGCUGGAAUAGUGAUUUGGUCAGCAUGGAAUCCACAAGGGUGUUACAGGAUGUGUUUGACUGAUAACAAUUUCAAAAACUUGGCUACCGGGAAUGCUGUGGACAAGCUUUUGCACGAAUUGGGUGGUCCAUUAACAGGCAAGACAGAUGCUAAUGGCUUCUUUGAGGUUUCCCUUUCCCAUGGACACUACAAUGUGAAGAUCAUUCACCAUGGCGUGAGAAAUAUUUCUUCCUCGACUAGUAACCUUAAUGUGCCUCCAACCGAUUCCAGCAGAACAACUUGGCUUCACCAAGUUACUGCUUGA